UGUCUUGUGCACAUUAUAAAUCUCAUUGAUUUUGACACAUUUAGAACUUCAUCAUAACUGUGAUAUUUUAUUAGUGCACUUUCUAAUGGGGGUCACUGUUGUUGAUAUUGAGCUUCUAGUUUUCUUCAUAGUUUUGGUCUUGUUUAGGAUUUCAACUUCAGAUGAUCUACCAGCAAAUUUUGUAUUCGGAGAUUCUCUUGUUGAUGCUGGAAACAAUAACUACAUUUUUUCACUCUCAAAGGCUAAUUUUUUGCCUCAUGGUAUUGAUUUUGGAAAACCAACAGGGAGGUUCACCAAUGGAAGAACCAUAGUUGACAUCAUUGGUGAAGAAUUGGGUUUUGGAUUCACGCCACCUUAUUUGGCACCUACCACAUUUGGACCAGUGAUUUUGAAGGGUGUUAAUUAUGCCUCUGCUGGUGGUGGAAUUCUCAAUCUCACUGGACAAGUCUUUGGUGGAAGACUCAACUUGGAUGAACAAAUAGAUUAUUUUGCAAAUACAAGACAUGACAUAAUCUCCGACAUUGGUGUUCCUGCGGCUCUCAAUCUAUUCAAAAAGGCAUUAUUUUCGGUCACAAUUGGUUCAAACGAUUUCAUUAAUAACUACUUAACACCUUCAGUCACAUAUUUUGUGUACAAAUCGGAUUCUCCAGAACUCUUUGUGAACACCAUGAUAUCAAGACUCAGAUUACAGCUCACUAGGUUAUUCAAUUUGGGAGCUAGAAAAAUUGUUGUGGCAAACGUGGGGCCAAUUGGGUGCAUACCAAAUCAGAGGGAUGCAAACCCAAGUGCAGGAGAUAGUUGUGUGAUUUUCCCCAAUCAGCUAGCAUAUUUAUUUAACACACAAUUGAAAGAUCUAAUUGUAGAGCUCAAUUCAAAUCUAGCAGGUUCAAUAUUUGUUUAUGCAGAUAUCUACCACAUUUUAGAAGAUAUACUCCAGAAUUACACAGCAUAUGGUUUUGAUAAUCCAUCAUCUGCUUGUUGCAACCUUGCUGGGAGAUUUGGAGGUUUGAUUCCAUGUGGUCCUACGUCAAAAGUUUGUUGGGACAGAUCAAAGUAUGUGUUUUGGGACCCUUACCAUCCCACUGAUGCUACAAAUGUUGUUAUCGCUAAGCGACUCUUAGACGGUGCUUCUACUGAUAUUUCUCCACUUAACAUUCGCCAACUCUUUCAUUCUUAACUUACUUGUUAGAGGAUUUGUUCUUUUCUAAUUUAAUUCAAAACUCAAACUGAGAUUUUAAUAUUUGUUUGAUAAUCUGUGUACUUAAUUAUGUGCUAUGUCCUCAUUCAAUGAACAAUUUUGUUGUUGGUAUUUCAA